UGUCAAUUUUGUCAUGUUCCCUCUUUAAUAUCGUCUGAUUGACAAACACAAAAAAAGCCAAUUCGUAUUUAUGUAGUUUCUUCAUUUUAUUGAUUAAACAUUUUAUUAUUUUUACCAUUUUAAAUAAUUGUGAUCACAGACAAUGAACAUUUACCAGUGUGUAUUAAUUUACCAACUGUAAAAUCAGCAUUUUCAUUACCUUAGACCUGUUAAAGCUCAAAUACUGCCUUUAGACGCUAUGAGUGAUCAAAUAAACCUUUCUGGUCAACACUAUCCUAGGCCCUGGUUAGAGAUUAAUUAUGACCAACCUAGGCUACUUAAACUCAUCUUAAAUCAAGAGGAACUGUUUCCAAAUGGCGAGGCUUCUGACAAUCAAGAAUUGACACCGUCUAAUUUCAAUGAUUCACUGAAAGAAGCCGCUCAAACGUUCGAUCUGUUUGUGGAAAAUCGACUUGACGAAUGUUUAGCUCUGUGUGAAAAGAAGGCAGGCAACAGCAUUUACCAUCGCUAUGGAAUUGGAAUAAUGGUUGGUGUUAAUGCUUUCUUUUCAAUGGAUUCCGCUGUAAUUAACCAUGCAAUCACUGAGCUAAGCAAGAUAGUUGACUUUUUGGAUAAACGUAAAGACAAAUCUGGUGGAUUAUUUACUAACCCAAACUACGAGGAAAUAACUGAUGAACAAGCUCAUGCUGCUUUAUGUUUCACUGAACUCAAUGCAAUGUUAGCCUUUCUUAAACCCAUGGCUGACAAAAGCUUCAAAGGUUUCCUGAGUUCAGCAUUCCGCUUGAAAUCAUCUUACACUGGAUUCAAAAGUUGUCUUGCACUGUACCGAAAGAAACCCUUUAGAGACGAUUUUUCCUGCGAAGAAUUUCAAACUGGAGUUCGAAUGACUUACGGUGUUUUUGGGCUCUUUUUUUCACUACUUCCAGCCAAAUUUACCUCACUUCUUGAAUAUUUUGGACUAUUCAACAAUCGCUAUGCUGGGCUCGAUAUACUUAGAAAGUGUAUCCACGCUAAAACAACACUGCGUUACUUCAUUGUAUCAGCCUUUACUAUCGCCUAUUUUGGUUUCUUGGACUAUUUUUUCAGUCUUGGUGAAAGUGAUCACAACUUGGUGGAUACAAUUGUUAAUGAUUGGUCCAUUAAAUAUGGCAAAACCUUUUACUAUUCACUUAUUAAAGGUCUUGGUGAAAUGACCCACUCCAAGUUUGAUGAAGCUUGCUUGGCUUUACAAUCAUCAUUCAAGUUACCUGCUAUUUCACCUAAUCUUUACAAGAUAAGCUACUUUUUCAUGGUUUUGUCCAAAACUCAAUUGUGUCAGUGGAGUGAAGCUGCUGCUAUCAUGAAAUUAUUAGCUGGCGAUAAAGUUUCACCAGCUACAUCAACAUACUUUUACGCCAUUCUGCUUUACAUGGAUUAUGAUCUAAAUGGUGAAAAGAGUCAUGCCAAUCAAAUUAUUGAUCUUAUGAAGAUAAUUCCAAGUUUAAAGAAGACUCUUGGAGGACGAAAACCUUUCCAUGAAAAACUUGUCUAUGAACGGAGUAUUAAAUUCAAUGGUGAUCUGGAAAAGUCACUUUUCUUGCCAACAUUUGAAAUUAGCUACAUUUGGAAUCUAUUUCGGAUGUCACGAAACUCGACCACUUGUCUUAAUCAAUACAUGGACAUUGUAGAGGUUAAACUAUCACAAUAUAAUUCAAGUGAAGAUAUUGUUAAUCCUGAUCAAUAUGCAACUCUCAUAUUUUAUAAAGCACAUUUCACUGAUCUCUUGGGCAACUCAUUUGAGGCGAUUGAUUAUUAUCAUCAAGUUCUGGAAUGGGAAUCCAAGAUAACAACAGAGAAACAUUUGUUGCCUCAAACAUGCUUUGAACUUGGUAAUCUGUUCAGGAAAAUUGAACGUUAUGAAGAUUGUGAAAAAUAUUUAACUAAAAGUAAAUCUUAUCGAGGUUACCUGACAGAAUCGAUGAUUACCUACCGAGUUAACCUGGUUUUUGAACAGGUUAAAAAGAUAACUAAGGUUAAAAGGAAAUUAAGCUCACCUUAUGAUCGUCGUAAAAGCUCAAUCAUUGAUCCAUCCAUGUUUAAUCGACCUGUUUCUUAUCCAUGAUUGAUUCAAUUGUAAUAAUUGACAACAGAAUCAAAGACAAGAUGAACAUGGUUACAACAUCAAUAGGAAGAGCAACGAUAAUCUAACUAGACUUUUCAGUUUAACUCUUCCUCUUCACCCGAAUCAAGUUAAAUUAACUGUUUCUUAUUAAUUUGCUUAUUAUUGUUUUCGUUGCAUCUAAUGAUUAUCCUAAACUUAAUUAACAAUUCAUAGGCCUUUUGACUUCAUUGGUAUUCAUUAGUCAAUGAAUCUUUUUUUACAUUCAUUUUAUUAACUUUGUUUUAGUUUCAGUCUAAAUCUAUUAAACUUUGUUGUUACUUUUACCCAUUAA